AUGGAAGCAGAUGCAGUAGUAACUUUAGAGGGAUUACCUACGGGAUUACCGACGGUAGAUGGAGAGAGGGAGACUGAAUCUACCGAUACAUAUACGAAUUCAUCCAUAUCACGUUCCCCAUCGCUAGAAUCGUCCGAAGAUCGUCCACUUUUAUCAGAUGAUGAGCGUAAUUAUGAAUCAUACGAAGAUGUGGAUGAAGUAGUAAAUAAUGGCUUUUCUGGCUCAAGUUGGGCUGCGUAUGUCAGUGUAACUUGUGUGGUUGCUGGAACUGGUGUUUUAGGCUUACCUUAUUCAAUCAAGCAAGGUGGCUGGAUAAGCUUGAGCUUGAUCCCUUUGUCAAUGUUAAUAACUUUGCACACAAGUGUCAUUUUAAUAAAAUGUCUAUAUUAUAAUAAAAAUAAACUCUAUGAUAGUGAUAGCGAUAGCGAUAAUAGCCGUAUUAACCAUAGAAAACGUUGUUUGAAUUCUUAUGGUGAUAUAGGAUAUCAAGCAUUUGGAAAUUUUGGAAGAUAUUUUAUGGUUGGAAUUUUCAAUAGCACGAUCUUGCUCGGUGUUCCUGUAUUAUUUUUUAUCCUGGCCGGACAAAGCCUUGAUAGUCUUGUAGAUCAAAUUUGGAAUAUUCAAUUAGGUGUUCGUGUAUGGACCAGUAUAUCUGCUGCAAUAGUUGCUUUGCCAUUUAUAUUCACGAAAACAUUGAAAGAAGCCAAUUGGAAUAAAGUUGUUGCAGCAGCUAUGGCAACAUGUGCGAUUAUGUAUGCAUUAGUUGCUGCUAGCGGAUAUUAUGUAUAUGGUAAUGAUACGAUGAGUCCUAUUUUCCUCAAUUUACCAAAAGGUCUAAUACUGACAACAGCAUCUCUAUUUAUAACGAUACACGUACUCAUGACUGCUCCGAUUCUUUUAACGUCUUUCGCUUGUGAUGCUGAAAGUUAUUUAAAAAUAACUAAUGAAUAUCAUUCUCCUUGUAUCGAAUUUGCUCUUCGCGCCUUGUUCAGAACAGGUCUUAUUAUUUCAUGUGCAGCUGUUGCUGUAUUGGUCCCAUUUUUUGGAGAUUUUAUGUCUCUCUUGGGUGCACUCUCAAUGUGUGUUAUCGUUUUCAUUUUCCCGGUAGUUUUUUAUUUGAAGUUAUUUGGUUGGAGAAAUUUUUCUAUCUGGGAAUUAUUGUGGAAUGCAUUUGUGAUAUUAGUAGGUGUGUUUGGUUGUGUAGUGGGAACCAAAGAUGCUGUAGUGGCUUUGGUGAGAGAUUUUCGUGAGAUGGGUGUCAACAAUUAA